AAGUGUUCUUUUCCACUUCAAUACAAGCAAGAAAAUGGCACCGAAUAACGCCGUAAACUCCUUUCUGCUGAUGCUUUUGCUGUUACCAUUUUCCUUUUGUUAUGUCGGCUCCGGAACAAUGACUUUGAUUCAAAGGAUGGAAACUCUCGAAAAAAGAGACAAAGAAAAAUCCAUAGUAAUUGAUCGUUUGACGAAACAACUUGCUGACCAGGAGAGAAAGAUACAAGUCAUGGAUCAAACUAUUGAAAACAUCAUGAAAGACGCGGCAAAAUUUUCUUAUACACAACAAGAAAAGUACAAAAGAUACACCAAGCUUCAACAUGACCUAAGUAAGUUGUCAGAGGAAAGCAGAAAUCUACUACAAUUUACAAGUAAUGAUAACGACAAAAUGCUGUUACAAGUUAAUCCCACAGUAUCUGAUAAAAGCCGGAAACCAUCCAAUAACUCAAGUUUUUAUGAAAAUGAAACACAAACGAAAAAAGAGGCAUUUAAAUUCAAGAAAUCUAGUGAACAAAUGGUUAAAAACAUGCCUAUAUCUAUCGAAAGAACACGUAGUAAUGGGGAUGGGAAUAUACGAAAUCGAAAAGAACAAUUAAAACGGAGUAAGAAACGUUUUGUAGCUAACAUAGAGGGUCCAGUGGCAUUCCAUGCAGUGUCUGAUAAGCGCAAAAUUACACAUCUUGGAACAAAUGAAAAUAUUAAAUUUGAGACAAUUCUUCUUAACACAGGUGGAGGCUACCACAGUCAACAUGGUUUAUUUAUUGCACCAAAAGCCGGAAUAUAUCUUUUUUCCACUUCAGUGUUGACGUCUGGAACAGAGCUCUAUGCUCAGAUAACGAAAAAUGGUCUCCCUCUGGCGAAAGCCUUUGGUCUAGGAAAUUCGGUAAUGGAUGCACAAGGUUCUGUUACUGUGACAGCUCAAAUGAAUCUUGGAGACGAAGUUUGGGUUAAACAUAUAUAUCCUGCAGAUGGAAGUUUAUGGGGUGAACGAUUGACAAGUUUUACAGGGGUUUUGAUAUCAAACAAUUAGACAUUAAUUUUGUCAAAUUAUCAAAAAUAGUAUAUCAACACUGAAAACAUUAAAGAAAUAAAUAACCUUAAAGCUUAAA